AUGAAUUCAACAUGGUCUCGCUUCAAUCCAAUCGAUCCCAGCGCGAAGCAGAAAGAAACCUUCCACGCCAACAUACUUCAAGAAUUCCUAAGAACAAAUGGAUUCUACUCGAACAGAAAUAUAAAUAUUUCCGAAAACUCGUCGGAAACGACGACGAAUGAAAAUCAUCUUACAGAGAAGGAAGUGAAAAACGAAAUACAGGAAAUACACGUCGAGAUGACCUCGCAGAGUGUCACUCGUCUUCAGGGUGAGAAUAUCUCGGAAAAUAGCGGUGUUAUUACAGUGUACUCGAAAACGACCCUUAAAGGGAAGAAAUUGAAUGAGAAUAAAUCAUUGAAGGAAGAGAAACUUGAGAUGCCAUCCAGAAUUAACGAAGCUCCGGAAGUAGAUGAUAAAUUAAGAAGUUCUUAUUGGUGGACGGAAGAAAGAUCUGUUUCUUCUGAUAAAAAGGACAAGGAUCAAUUUCCUGUUAGAGAAAUAAAGAAAACUGAGGAUCGAAUUGUUGCGGAUAGUCUUUUCAGCUACCCCCCCGAGGUGGUCGAAAUUUAUUUCAGCAAUAAAGAUAGCGAGCCUUCUAUGAGAACUCUUCCAAAAGAAGAGGACGAAUGUCGUGCGUCAAAUUCUGGGGAAAGUAUUUUAGGAUGUCUAUUUUCUGGUACGAACUCGAGGAUCAUCGACGAAGAAACGUGUUCCAUUCGUAAUGUACAGAAAAUUGAAGAAUCCGGUUCAUUGGAUACAGAUAAGUUUGUUGAACCCAUUCGAGAGGAGUGUCUGAAUGAAAUAGAAAAUAGUAUAAAUCCUGAGAUAAAUGAAAAAGAAGAUGAAGAGACCAAGGAUUUGUUGAGAAGUGACGUGAAAAAAGAAGAACGUUCAGCUGAAGAAUUAAAUUUGCAGAAGUUAUGUGGAAGAAAUGAAGAUUCUAAUGUUAUUCAAACAGAAACCGCUGAGAAUAAUGAAAUUUCAGUGGAACCGAAUGAAAGAAAAAUUUCAAAAUCUACCUUGUCCUCCGAGGAAUCCGGCGAUUCCAAAUACUCCAAAACUGAUUUAUCAUCAUUGGAAAAUGUGCCGAUACUACAAAUCGAAGAGAAAUUGAACUGUAAAGAAGAAAAUUCGAACGUGGAUUCGUCAGAAGAGAAUAAAACGAAGAAAAUAAUUGAGAAACGAGAAGAUAAAAAGGACGAUUUUGAUACAAAUGCUGAUAAAGACGCCUUGAAAAAAGAAGAAGAAGAAAAUUUUCAAGAUUCUUCGAAUGAAAUGAUGAGAAUUCAGAUUGAGGAUCCUAAAACUGGAAUGAUUACCAAGAAAACAACACAAAUUAUUGAUGAUUAUAAAGAUAUGAAUAUAUGUAAAAUGUUAGCUAGCAUUCACGAACAAUUAACUCAUGAUUUACAACGAAUGAAAUAUAUCGAAGCAAAAUUGAUAGGAACAGUUUCGAUAGAUUCAAUCAAUCACACAAUGACGUUACAAUUGUUGGACAAAACUGUGGCAAGGUGUAAGAGUUAUCUUCAUGGCUCAAACAACAGUCAAAAAGCUGAGUUAGAAAUAAAGAAGAUCCUUAUGAAACAUGGGAUUAAAUUAAUGAUGGCUGUGAAUAAGAAUAAAGCUGCUUUGGAUAAGCAAGAAGAACGUCUCAAUCAAGUGCAGUUUAAACCAUUGAAGAAUAGCCGAUAUAACAAUACUAUGUUGAUGGAGAUCAAAUUAUCUUUGAAUUACUGGAAAGAAGAAAUAGUAUGUUUAAUUGAACUGAUCUCGGAUUUGGUUAAAAUGGUGAUAAUUAAUAACGAGGAAAAGGAAAAUGUUAAAAAUCUACAGAAAUAUAAGACUACCCAUCAUCGUACAGCGAACUAUUGUUUCUAUAACCAGAAAACAUUUCCCAGAUCGAAAUCGGGAAGCGGACGAUCGAAGAUUAGAAAAAUAAAUCUGUUUAAGAAAGAGAGCACGGUUGAGACCCAAAUAUCUCUCGCUUCGAAUGCGAAAAGUUCCAUGAAACCUUUAAGCAAUUCCGUGAAUCGAGAGAGAGGAAAGAUUCAUAACGAUGGCCAGAUCGGUGAUACGAAAACGACGGAAAGGGGAAGAAUUGCGAAAGAAUCGUCCCAAAGCAAGAACCGUGUAAUUAGCACUCAACAACCAGUUUGGAAACCAGGUGGAAUAGUUAAGAUUCCUUCUUCGAAUAGCGCGACCACGUUACAGAAAGCUCGUUCAAAUGUCAAGGAAAAAAUCAACCUGUUCGCGGAACAUACAAGAGCAUCGAAUGUAUCUAAAAAGAAAAUCACCAGCGAUGUUUCAUCUGUGAGAAGCAUGUUCAAUCCUAGGAUCGUUGGGAAAAGAAGUAACACUAGUUUGAGGAUCAGUCCCAGGAUGAAACCAAAGGGAGGGGCUGUAAGAGCCUCGUCAAGAAACUUCAAUGAAUUUAUGCGUCAGAUUCCAGGAUAUCCUAAUUCGAAAUACGGCGACAGUAGAUCCUUGCACGACGAGGCUCGUCCAAGGAAUUUUAAAGAAUCGAAACCUUUCGGUACGUUGAAGGAGACCAUCGAACCCCCGAAAAUGUAUGAAAAAGAAGAGAUGAGUCCUAGAAACAUAAUAAACUUGUAUCGCUUACCUGAAAUUCCUAUUAAUAAAGAAGAACCAACGAGGGACGUGAAUUCCAGUAGAUACAUAAGAAAUCAUCUUAAUCCUAUCAAUAUGAUAGAUGCAAACCAUCAAACAGUAGAUAAAAUUUCAGAUAGUUUAUUCAAUCCUGAAGAAGCUUUGGAUUUAUCGAAACACGUAUCGAGAAAGUUUGAAAAUCACAUCGAUGCAAAUGGUUUUCCAAAUAUCGUUUCUAUAGCUAAUUGCGUGGAAGAUUUUAGUUCGAAUUACAAUUGCACAACCAGAAUCGAAGUUUCAAGCCGUUAUCAGUCAUCGUACAACACCGUUUCAACGUCGAGUACUCAAAAUCAAGCAAAGAAGGUGACCGAUAGAUUAAGUUCAUCGAUUCGCGACGAAGAAAAUCAAACCGACACUUUAAUCAGCGAAAAAGAAAAGAUCAAACCGAAUUCUCACGCAGUGUCGUUGAGUAUGUUGAAGGAGUUUCUUUGCGAACAAGGAAUCGGCGCUGAUUUGGUGAACAGAGCUGAACAUGAGUUGAAAGUUAAGCAGAAAACUCGUAGACAUUCGAAGAAGAAGUCGAUCAGUUUUGCGGAUAUGCUUUUCAACGUUGAAGAUGAUCAACCUUUGGGUAAUGUUUUAAAAGAUGAAAAUUUGGGGUACAUGUUGGAGAAGCACGAAGAAAAUAUUAUUAUCAAUGAAAAGAAUUCGGAGAACAGUGAAAGCCACGAAGAAGAAAAUGUUAUUAAUUGUAAGAAGAAUUUAAUGUACCCGGAAAUUCACGAGGAAGAAGAUGUUAUUAAUAAUGGAAAAAGUUUAAAAUAUACAGAGAAUGUUAAUUAUGAGAAGAAUUUAAGCCACGCAGAAAAUCCCGAAGAAGACAAUAGUAAUUCUGAAAAUAACUUAAAGCAGCCAGAAAAUUCCAAAGAAAAUGAAUCGAAUUUGCCAUCGAAACACACAGAAGACUACAAAAGUAGCAUUGCAAAGUGUCCUCCGCAACCGGAAACGAAGGACGCCUCAUCCUGCACCGAGUACAACACGAACAACGCCUCUUCCCAAACUAAUUUCCAAAAGGAAAGUCGGCAGCGUUUGCAAAUCGUUCCUAAAGACCUACGAAUGGUAGAGACACAAACGGAAACGAAGCAAGAGGAGCGCGUGAGAAAUUUAACCAACGAAGUCAGAAACGUGUCCUCGAUGACGGAGACACUUCCGGUUAGAGACAGUUCCACGGAAACUACCAAUGUCUCUUGCGCAUCUAAAUCCGUGGCCACUGAACAAAUUGACUAUAUUUUCUCGAAGAAUUUUAACAAGAACUUGAAAGAAGCUUUUUCUAAUGUUUCUAACGAAGACAAUAAAAAUUCGUCGAAAAGUUGUCGCAAUGUCUUUCGACAGUUGUUGAAUCAGAUGAAAGAGAAUGAAUGUUCGAGCUGCGAAGGGAAUGAUGCGUCAAAGGAAAUACGUUUCGUCGAAUCGAAUGCGUCAACGCAGUACUCUUCCUCGAGUUCUUCUUCGGAAUCACUGAAGAAUAAUGAAGAGACAACGAAAGAAGCAAACACUUCUCCGAUUCGAAGCGUCUCCAGUGAAACGAUGGCAGCCUUCCAUGUGACUGCAAUCAGAAUUCGAAAUAUAUACAAAGCCAUCGACAUCUACAAACGGAAGUUGAAGGAGAAGCAGAAGAAACCUGAAAAGGGAUCAACUGAGAAAAGAUUAAAAAUUUGUGAAGGGAGACCUAAUUACGUGACUAAGAGCAGUAGCGUCGAUACUAUUUUCACUAAAAAGGAUAAUGGUAAAAAUGGCGCCAUCCAAAUGUAUGAGGCAUUGAGGCGAGCGGAAGUUGAGUCAAUUUUUACCAACGAAUCUCCGGAUGAAGAUUUUGAAAGUAUUCAAUCGUCAUCGUCAACCACGUGGUCUUAUAAAACUACCGCUGGGAAGGUUGAACUAAAACUUUCUGGAAAAUUGUCAGACACUAUCGUUUUGAAAGAUGUGAAAUCAUUGAUGGAGUUUUUAAUUCAGAAAACAGAGGAUUCCACGAUGGAAAAGAAGGUGUCUGUUCGAAAAAUUUCAAAUAAUACAUGCACCAGGUUACAGGAUAAUGAAACUGUUAAAUUUUCUAUAUUUUCCAGGGAAAAUGUGUUACCUUUAAUUUAUGGUGUUAUGUGUUUAAUUGUUUUCUGCUGUUUGCGUUUCACAAUCACUUGCGAUGUUGUUUCGUGAUUCUACUGUUAUUUCUUUUGUAUAAAUGUUGUU